AAGGAGCAAAGGGGGCGGGAACCGCGGUGUGCGCAAUGGAGACAACCUUAAUAUUGCUACAACCAUUUGUUCAAGAUCAACCUGCAUUUACUUGUAAUUACUGCACGUUUUUUUCUUAAAGACAUGAUAAAAGAAGAUCUACAAGACUGAAGGAUUAGGUCGCCGUUCGCCCGUGGCCUGGGAUUCGUUUGUACCUUUCAGCGUUCCAACAUGGCAGGUAUGUGUGCCAUAUUUUUCCUCUGCGUAGCCACUCUGCUCAGCGGGGCCAAAAGCGUGUCUGGGGUGUGCCAUGGGACCCACUGCUUCUCCGGACAGGAAUGGAGACCGUGCACCGGAGUGCAAUGCCAAGGGCGCGCAGAGGGAGCCGCGUCCCGGCGACAGUUUCCCAGCUCUGCACAAUCCCGACAAGUACAAGCCUACCCUAGUUACCAACAGGAUGCUCAUUUCAGUCACCAACGAGCCCACAGUGCGCCGUUGGCGCCGUACACCAUCGUCCAACCGCAGCACGGAGGCUUUGUGCAAACCGCGGGAACGAACGGCAACAGGAGGACUAAUCCGAGAACCAUCACGGCGGAGGUGUUCCAUCCCGGCUGCGCCGGCGGGACCUGCCCGACCACUGUCUCCCAGCGCCCAACGAGUGAUGACAGCGCGGCGCGGGAGUGCAAGGGGAUCGGAUGUAAACUGCCUCUUCUCAUGCGCCAGAAGCCGAAGCCGUGCGUCGGAGACGGUUGCGCUGCGCACGCAGGAGACGACGGGAGAGGAGCCUCUUCGCCGGUUCACGUGACAGACAGAGCGGCGCAAUUUCUGGAUGAGUUUCCCGACUUUGGGUCGGAACGUGGUGCUUCGAUACAGUUGACAUGUGACAUGAAACCAGGGACGAAUGAUCUUCCUUCAGAGGACGCACUCGUGCUGCAGCUGCAGUUGUCAAAGAGCCAGGAGAAGCUGGUUGAGGCCCUCAGGGGCCAGCAGGACGAGGUCCAGGAGUUGCAGAGGCUCCUCAGUGAGCAGCAGGGGACGCUGGUCAACCAGCAGAGAGAAAUACUGGAACAACAGAGGAAGAUGUAUGACCAGAUGGAGCAAGUCAAAGCCCAGUACAACACAAUGAUGGACAGCCUCAAACAAACAUCACUCCAGAACCUCCAGGAGGGGCUCGACCGUCACAUGGAAACCGCGAGUGGGCAGGUUAGAGCUCACCAAGCACAGCAGGCUCUCUCGCUGCACAAGGUGGACGUGGAGGCCAGCGUGAUGGAGGUGGGGCGCUCCCUGAUGGAUUGUGGGAGCUGCGGCCCUGAGGAGUACUGUGGCUUCAGCACCGGUCACCCUCGCUGUGAGAAAUGUACCGUCUGUCCUGCCGGCUUCUUCCUUGUCGCACAGUGUUCAGUCCACGCAGACAGGAUCUGCCAGGACAGAGAUGAAUGCCUUGAAAUUGCUGAUUCGUGUAGAGACCAACAGAAGUGUCUCAAUACUCCAGGUGGAUUCAGGUGCCAGGGCAUGACAGAGCGAGAAGCCAAUUCAGGAAUGUGUGGCCACGGCUACUUCUACGUCUUGGACAUGGACGAGUGUCAGGCCUGUAAUGAGUGUGAUGGCGAGCCCGUGGCUUCACCUUGUACCUUCACCAAAGAUACCAUCUGCUCUGCUGCUGCUGGUGAAAGCGCCCUUUCUCUGUCCUGGUCUGGAGAUGUGAAGCUGUCCGGCACCAAAGGCCAAAUCCUGGCUCACGCCUUCCCUGGCGUGCAGCUUCAAAUCCAGGACAGGGGCGAUGCAGGCCUGCUGUCCGCUGAAGACGGGCGCCUGAUGGUCAGGCAGCACGGUCUGGUCUGGCUGGAUGAGAACCUCUCUGUGAGCCACGGCUGCCGGAGCUUCAUCCAGUUGUGUCUCCGUAUCAACAACACAGACGGCUCUGAAGGCCGCGACCUCAGCGGGAUUCGGGUCGAGCAGCGGGAGGGAAGAUCGCUCCAGAGCGUCAGCAUCAGCGGCGUGGCAGAAGUCGCCCCGGGGAACGCGAUUUCGCUCUUCCUCCGGAGCGCCAGCCGGCACUGCAACGAGAGCAGCGAAGGCCUGCAGCUGUACGACCCUUUAGCAGCUCCGCUCAGUCUCUUCUGGCUCUCCCAUGACACCGGGGCUGUCGCCAUGACAGCACAGGCCGUCGUGGCCUCGCACUACCACACAAACUAUCGGCCGGUCUUCCGCACCUCCUCCACCUCUGACCCGUACGUAGUGGGGCUGACCCACGAUGGCCGCGGGAUCCGCUUUGCCGAAAGCGGUACCGUGCGUUUUGUGUUCCAGCAGGCGUUGUACUCCAUGGGCCAGGCCUGCGUGGGCGAGGGCUUCCAAACGUUAGCGUACCUCAACCACAACGGAACGGGGGCCGAGCUGUGUCGCGCCUUCAAACCCGGCGUCCACUACCGAGACACCUCCUUGUCUUUGUCUGGCGCGGCAAGAGUCGACCCCGGGGACACCCUGGGCUUCGAGAUCCUCUCUCCUGCUCAGUGCAACGUCAGAUUCUUUGGCGACGAGACGGGCAUCAGCAUCCUCAGCUUGGUUUGGGUGCCCGCCGCUCUCUCCUCCUCUCUGUCCGCCUCCGUGUCUCACACCGGCCUUCCCUCGGGAGCAGUUCGAAACAAGCCGCUGUUCUUCCGCCAGACCAGCACUCAGGUGCCCCAGAUGGGGCUGCUAGUGAAGGGGUCCCCAGAUCAGAGACAGGAUUUUGUCUUCAGGGAGGGUGGAACAGCCAGCGUGGCUCUGGAUCUCAAACUUAUUCACUCCUGCAACCUCCUCAAGGUGACUCUUCUCAGGCGAGGUGACGCGGAGGGGUCAGCGGGAGGCCGGCAGGCGGAGGGCUCGAGACCCGUCACGGUGGCCCAGCAGGUUGGUGGUCAGAUGCCUGAGGGGAGCAACUGGGCCAGUGUUGGCCUGCGAGCGUCUUUCCAGGUCCAUAACGGCACAGCGGUGUUCUUCACACUGGAUUGCGUGCGUGGACGAAUCAACCAGAUCAACUGCCAAUCAGGAAGCGGAGUGUCAAUCCUCUGGGUUGCAGUGUAGAAUAUGAAAUACACAACUCAAACAUGGCUUUUGUAUGGGUUUUCUAGAAAAGUAGACCAGAUAUUAAGCAAUAUAUAUGAUCCAGUAGUCUUACUGGUUUGAUUUUGGAGGAAUAGUUUAGCAUUUUGGAAAAUAUGGUUAUUGCUGUUUUUUAUUGGAGUUUAGUCCACGUUAAGAGAUUAUUAAAACCAUUCUCACUGCAGUCUUUUAGCUUAGCUUAGUAUAGAGAAAGUAAGUGAGGAACCAUGUUUAAAAGUUACUCCUAGGGUUUAAAAAAUGUAUAAAUAAAGAAUGACUACUGUGAGUCAAGUUUCAUCGAGCGAGUGAAUAAAAUUACAACAAUAACGCCACAGCAGCCACAUAAAAAGUAUCAAAAUUAAAAUAUCAAAAACUAAGACCACCUACAGUACAGUUAGCUAAGCUAGCUAGCAUUAUCUGAUGGAACAGAACUAAUUACAUUUACUCCAGUACAACUAAUAUAGUAUAUAGUUUACUUAACCAAAUAAACAUUAAGAUAUUUUCCUUAAUAAUGAUGUGAAUUUUUUACUGCACUAUACUAAUAUGUCAAUAAGUUGAAUUGGUAUUAACAAUGACUUUAGUUUUACAAUUUAACUUGGACCACCCUGGAGGUAUGCUGACUACCCAAAUUUAAACUUUUUAAAUUUUUGUACCCUACAGCUAAUUAGAUUUUUUAAUAUUUUGUGGAAAAAAGCUCAAAUAUGACUUAUUUAAAAAGUGUCAUUACGCUUUAAUCACUGUAUUUAUAUCAGUGCAAGCAUAAAUAUUUGAACUAACUAAAUGAUGUCUAUAACCUGUUUUUCGGGCUUCAUUUUUCUCUUUGUUCGUGUGCUGUACUUCUGUCUUUUAUUUAUGUAAUUCAGUUAUUCUGUUGACGCCAGAGUACCCUUUAGCUUAUCUCCACUGUGACUAGAGCAUUUUCUGCUCUCUCCAUGAGCGGUUGACUGGUGCUGGUUUCAUUCAGCUUGUUUUUUAAGAGCAUGUGUUUCAUGUUAGCCGCCGUUCUUCUAUUGUGAAUAUCUGCCGCAGUGCAUGCCUUGUUUAAUGACCCAUUUCUGCAUUUCAUGAACUAAAAGAGAGUCAUGUGUUUCACCAUGCCCUCGUUGACACAUAGCUGUCCUACACCGAUAUAUUGACACCUUAAGAAACGGUUACUGUUUACUCAAAUUAAACUGUAACUAAGUGUAUAUUUGAUGUUUUAUAUAAA